AUGCAGCUCAACACCAUACAACUGGACAAUUCAAUACCAGACAGAACAGUACAAUACAAGGCAAUACAAAUCAAUGCCAAGCACAGCAGCGUUCAAAACAGCGAUGACGCAUCAUCUUGCCAACGUGAGACAGCCAUCAAGUUUGCCGACCAAAACGAGGACGGCCCUUUCGACCUCAUCCUACACACUGGAAGAAUAACAUUGGGAGACUGCUGUAAAAGUUUCUCCGAGGUCAUGACCCUUGCUAGGCCCGAAGAACUCAAAAUUGCUUGUCGGCGCAAUCCGCUUUUGUUGGUUUCUAUUUGA